GCAUGUGUUGAUCCGUGCUGCAGCAACGUGCAUCAGUUCCUCUCUGACCCCAGUGUUAAUCUGCAUUCAGACCGAGGCUCCACUGGUUUUUCUCAACUGCUUGAUAUCAGAGUAGCUUAUUACGAGGGGGGGCUUCGCCGUCUGUAGCAGUUUUUUAGGGCCCUGUUAGGCUGUCGAUUCAGCAACAGACACGUAACCAAAAAAACGAGCGACACGAAAUCAAGCUUUCAAUUCGCAUCGAUUUUGUUUUGGCUGAUUUCGCUCCACCGCACGUCCGCCUCGGGUCUAGAUUUGCCGACCCGCUAACGUGCGUAAUGUAUCGUAGAGAGGAAACACAGUAAAUAGACGGACACGUCCAUCUGCAAAAAAGAGGAAACGAAGAUGGUGAUGAUGGCUUCACCCAAUAUAGCCUCCAAAUGCUCGACAGCAAUGGCGAAGCCUUCCCUCCCCCUGAAGCUGUUUCUCUGGGUCUUUAUUGUCGUUAAUCUCCCUACAAGCUCCUUCCAGACUGAUGACGAUGAUGAGGUGUCUAACAAGACGUGGGUGCUGACUCCCAAAGUGUACGAGAGUGACGUCACACACAUCCUAAAUAGCCUACUAGAUGGAUAUGACAACAAACUCAGACCUGACAUCGGAGUCAAACCAACAGUGAUCCACACAGACAUGUUUGUCAAUAGCAUCGGCCCAGUAAAUGCCAUCAACAUGGAAUACACCAUCGACAUCUUUUUUGCCCAGACCUGGUAUGACAGAAGGUUAAAAUUCAACAGCACAAUGAAGGUUCUGCGUCUCAACAGCAACAUGGUUGGGAAGAUCUGGAUCCCAGACACUUUUUUCCGCAACUCCAAGAAGGCUGAUGCUCACUGGAUCACCACUCCCAAUCGAAUGCUUCGAAUCUGGAAUGAUGGCCGAAUACUCUACACCCUCAGGUUGACCAUCGAUGCUGAGUGCCAGCUUAAACUGAACAACUUCCCAAUGGAUGAGCACUCAUGUCCCCUGGAGUUUUCAAGCUAUGGCUACCCCAGGGAGGAGAUUGUGUACAAGUGGAAAAGGAGCUCAGUGGAGGUUGGGGACAUUCGCUCCUGGAGGCUCUACCAGUUCUCCUUUGUGGGCCUGAGGAACACCUCUGAGAUUGUCAGGACUGUCUCAGGAGACUAUGUGGUGCUGACCGUCUUCUUUGACCUGAGCAGGAGAAUGGGCUACUUCACCAUCCAGACCUACAUCCCAUGCACCCUGAUUGUUGUCCUCUCCUGGGUCUCAUUCUGGAUCAACAAGGAUGCAGUACCUGCCAGGACAUCAUUAGGCAUCACCACUGUGCUGACCAUGACCACGCUGAGUACUAUUGCCAGGAAAUCCCUCCCAAAAGUGUCCUAUGUGACCGCCAUGGACCUGUUCGUGUCUGUCUGCUUCAUCUUCGUCUUUGCCGCACUUAUAGAGUACGGCACACUGCACUACUUUGUCAGCAACAGGAAGCCAAGUGCCAAAAAGGACAAGAAGAAGAAAAACCCGCUCCUCCGGCUCUUUUCCUCAAAGCAGACACCCACGGUAGACAUCCGUCCACGCUCAGCCACAGCCAUUCAAAUGAACAACGCCACACACAUGCAGGAGCGAGACGAGGAGUACGGCUACGAGUGUCUGGACGGGAAGGACUGCACCAGCUUCUUCUGCUGUUUCGAAGACUGCCGUUCCGGAGCCUGGCGGCACGGCAGGUUGCACAUCCGCAUUGCCAAGAUAGACUCGUACGCACGCAUCUUCUUCCCCACUGCAUUCGGUCUCUUCAACCUGGUCUACUGGGUCUCCUAUCUCUAUCUCUAGGCCCUGGUGUGUCUCCAGCCUUAUCAUACAGUUCAUUAUAUUCUAACAUAUGCUCUGCGCCAGCAAAGGACAUUUUGAAGGAGGGGACCCACUGAAACACCCAGUGAAUUUCAUUUAAAGCAUUUCCUUUAAUUCUCUGAUUUUAAUCUCUUUACAUUUUAGUUAUUUAUCUGAUAACUGACUGAUAACAGACAUUGCAAAUGUUGUAGCAUUACAUUUUACUGGCAUGAAAAGUUUGUAGAUGUGUUGUGAAAACAUUGAUUGUGUGAGCAGUUAACAAGAAUCUCUGUUUUUGUUUUGUUUUUUCAUUUUACAUGAUUUUAUUUUGGACUUUCUAGUUGUAAAUUGCAGUAAACCUUUCCUCGAUGGGAUUUUGACUAAUUUAUUUAUUUUUUAGUAAAAUACAUUCCUUUCACAGUAAACAAAUAGAAUAAAUGGUCAUUCAGAUCAUAUCAAACACCCAUUAGAAAAAUCUAAACUACAUUAUUUAUGUCUCAUCAUUUAUUUUCACCUUUUUUUCUUGACAUUCUAAAACACAAAAUCUGAAGCACUUUAAUAGAGCUAUGUUAGACAGUGACAUUGAAACUAAUUUUGUUAACACUAAUUUAUUUUUAAUUUAUUUAGCUAACAGCACAGUUAAACAUGGCAUUUUUUUCAUGUGUGGUCAGAGAGCAGUGAUGUUGUUUAUGGACAAUGCUCAGCUGUACAGACACUGUAUAUAUUUUACUAUUACAUAGUGGUUUACAUUUAUUGCAUGCACUUUUCAGGCCAAAAAUCAACAUGUUUUAUGGUCUUCUGUUGUUGGCUAUGGAAACUAAAAAAAAAAACAAGCACUGUUGAUUAUCAUUCAGGAUUUAAUCAUACUUUUUUUUUCUAAGAAAACUGAAAAAAAAAAUCAAAAGAUAAAAAUGUGCCCAGUUUAUGCUUUUAAGUGGAGGAAUCAUCUUUGCAUACAGGUGGGCGGAUCAGCCCAGAAUUUCAGGCCAGACAACUGGUUUAAUCAUUUUCCUUGCAGCCAUUAGCUUAUGGUAUAGACAACACUGACCUCUGAUCCUCUCCUACAUUUGCUGUUAAAAGUGAGCAUUUACGUAAUGACACACUGCUGUUGUAUUUUGGUUAUGCAAGCUUUUACAAGGGAGGCUGUAUCACAACAACUUAGGUUUUCCUAUAAAAACAAAUCAGUUUUCCCUUUACAUUAUCAGAGUGAUAAAUGCAACUAUGUAUCCAGAGGUUGAGAUUUUGCCUACAAGUAGAGGAAUACAAAACUAAUAUACAUUCUAAUGCAAAUGUGAAUACAGAUAGCUGUAGGGUGUUUUCAAAUCCCAGCAGUAGAACAGGGUUCAGUCUAUGUGUCCUUCUUCUAAGAUGAGAAACAAACAAAAAACAGAGAAAAUAUGAAUUGACAAUAAACUUGAGAGCUUCAUUCAAGUAAAAAAAAGGCAUCUUAUUGUGUCGAGAAUAGAUGUGUGAGCCUUAUUAUCAAGCCUCUCACUUCCUGUCUCUUUUGAAAACACAUUGAGAAUGUAGAUUAUCACACAGUGAGAAAAUUGACUCUCCGGUUGGGCUGAAAGUUCAUCAUUUCUUAUUUGUUUCACUUUUCUUUCCUCAUAAAAUUUCUUUUGAAUGCCAAAAUGUCAUGUGAAGACGAGUGAAGAUCACAGCGAAAGUAUCCGAGUUGUAAAUGUUGUGUAUGAUAAGAUACAACACACAUGAAUUAUACCCCCAUCCCCCUGCAGAUCACUUUUGAUAGACACCAUAGAUAUGCAACAAAUGGAGACAGUGCUUAAGUAUGAUUUGUAAACACAUGAGGAAUGGGUGUAAAUCACGCUGUUUAUGUACAUAAAUUAUGAACAGAAGAAAAUACUUGUCUGGCCCUUGGGAUUUUGUAAAAGGGAAUAUAUUUUGUAAUUUCAGCAUUGUUGCAGUAUAUCAUCAUACAGUAUAUUAGACUUAUUGUAUUAUGCUGGACUGACCAUGUAGAAUACUUGGGGGGGGUAAUGGGGUAUUUAUUUAUUUAUUUAUUGAUGGUAUUUAUUUAUUUAUUCUAUUGAGGAAAAAAAUGUAUUUUAUGUUCAUAUAGCCCCUGAAAAGAAACACAGAAUGCUGUCAUUUAUAUCAAAGAUACAUUUUUGUUUGAUGUGUAAAUGGAGCUUGAGCUUAUUUAUCUUGUGUUUUCUAUGUUGUGAUCAAUGUACACUACUCUCACAAAGGCCUGUCAAACUGUUAUAUCUGUUGAAUUAGUGAGUUGCAACAUUACCUGUUGUGCAGCUUCUGAGUAGUGGACAUAAAAUAUUUUCAGGGGGAAAAAAAAAAAAAAAAACUGUUCCCAAGCCACCAGAAGAAGAACAUUUGCUUGUCUAAGUGACAAUUAAUUCUUUCCAUCUUUCCACCGCCUCAUGGUUCAUCAUCGAUCUUAAUAAUUGUCAUCACUAACAAAGCAUCAGUGAUGAUACUAACAUAUGCAUUUAUCAGAUUAUCUUAUAUUCCCUGGAGUUCUUUCCCUUUUGUAUUAAAUGGUGGUCCUAUUGUGUUCAGAAGCUGCCACUUAGUAGUCUAAACCUGUCUUCAGUGUGCACAUACUCUAUCUCUCACACCUUUAGGGCCAUUAAGUGUGUCAGUAGCAAUGUAGACUGGCCGUCAUCAGUGUUCAGUAGUUUAAAGAAGUGUAACAGAGUGAUUACAUCUUAAAGUGCCAAACUGACACAUGCAAUAGAGAAUAUCAAUUAUAAUAUCAUUUGUGAAUCCACUUAUACUGAAAAAAUAAUACUAAAAAGGAGUGUUUUAAUGAAGGAAAUGCUAUACAACGAAUGUCCCCUCAGACAUGGAUUUGCAGGUGCUCUGGACAAUUUUUUUUUUUUUUUUUUUUUUGUACAAAAUCAAAAACAUGCGGACAGGACUUAUUAUAUCAGGGUGAACAGGAUUCAGACUGUAUACAACUUUAUGUACAAACCCAUUCAUUCUGAUAACAGAGCAUGUCUUGUGUUUGAACAUUGGUGCAAUGGAAUUUGUUUGAAUUUUUUUCCAUGAUGCUUAAAAUUUGUUUAUUAUUUGUUCAUUAUAUUUAUACUUUUUGUGAACUCUACUGUAAAUGCAGAGAUAUAAAGCUGUAUGGAAAGCACUGGAGUGUUUAUAUUCAGUAAUGUGCAUGCUGAAUAUGUUUUCAGUCAAACAGGGAUGUUUUGAAGAAUCAGGACUUAUCCAAGCAUUGUUUCAUCCAGUCCUUUGCCUGCAUUGACAUGGACUUUUAUUACACCGUACUUAUUUUUGACAAAGUGAUUUGAAUUACUUUGGGACCCACAAAUGAGACAUAUAUAUGUGAACAGCACAUGUAGAUAUUUUCUAUUGUUAUGUAUUUUGUCAAAAUGCAGAAAACAAAAUAUUACUGGAAUUACAGAGCUCAGUAAACGGUAUCCAAGAACAAAAUAAUUUUCAUAUGAUUCUCAUACAUACAGUAUGUUAGUUGUUUGCCAUCUAUGUAUAUUUGAGUAUUGUAUAAAAGGGGCACUGAUCAAUUCUGUUAGGGUCUGCAUAAUAUACUAUAUAUGUACUGGAAAAAAUCCUUUUCAUAAGGGAAUUGCACAUAGCUGUGGAAUUUUACAAUAAAAUGGUUGCAUUUA